UCCAUCCCAUUUUGGUUUUCUUGAUAUACUGAAAUAAUCAUGGAGAAAUCUCCUGAAGAACAGCAUCCAAUCAAGGCUUUUGGUUGGGCUGCCAGAGACGUUUCUGGUUUUCUCUCUCCUUUCAAUUUCUCUAGAAGGGAAACUGGCGAAAAAGAUGUUCAAAUCAAUAUAUUGUAUUGUGGAAUAUGUCACACUGAUCUUCACUGUGCCAAGAAUGAAUGGGGCUCCUCCAAGUAUCCUAUUGUUCCAGGGCAUGAAAUUAUGGGAGUGGUGACAGAAACAGGUGGCAAGGUAACCAAGUUCAAAGUUGGGGAUAAGGCUGGUGUGGGAUGCAUGGUUGGAUCAUGCCUCUCCUGUGAGAACUGUUCCAACAAUCUUGAAAACUACUGCAAAAAAAUCAUUCUAACUUACAAUUCAGUCUAUCACGACGGAACACUAACAUAUGGAGGAUAUUCUGACAUAUUGGUUGCCAAUGAGCAUUUUGUAGUCCGAAUUCCUGAUAAUUUGCCACUUGAUGCUGGUGCACCUCUACUAUGUGCUGGGAUCACAACCUAUAGCCCCCUCAAGUAUUUUGGACUGGACAAACCUGGUAUGCACAUUGGUAUUGUGGGUCUGGGAGGAUUAGGGCAUAUUGCUGUGAAGUUUGCAAAGGCAUUCGGCGUUAAAAUCACAGUCAUCAGCACAUCUUUGCAUAAGAAGAAGGAAGCCCUUGAACAUCUUGGCGCUGAUUCAUUUUUAGUCAGCACUGAUAAAGAUCAGAUGAAGGCAGCUAUGGACAGCAUGGAUGGUAUCCUUGACACAGUCUCUGCUGUUCAUCCACUCCUUCCAUUGAUUAGUCUCUUGAAGUCUCAUGGAAAGCUUGUUAUGGUUGGCGCACCCGAUCGGCCACUUGAGCUACCCGUCUUUCCCAUGCUUGCAGGAAGAAAGAUACUAGCUGGAAGUGGCAUUGGGGGAAUGAAGGAGACACAAGAAAUGCUUGAUUUUGCAGCAGAACAUAAAAUAGUUGCUGAUAUUGAGAUCAUUCCAAUGGAUUAUGUCAAUACUGCCAUGGAGAGAUUAUCCAGAGCUGAUGUCAAGUAUAGAUUUGUAAUUGAUGUUGCUAACAGUCUUAAGGCUGCUUAAGCUGGUUCAAUUUGUGCGUCUGCUUGAUUCCUAGAAGUCAUCAUUCUAGGUAGAAAUUUACUUGGAAUUUCCACUUGUGUUUUUGUGACUGCUAAGACUUUCA